AUGCCUCCACGUUUUCUCACCCAGCCUUCUUUGAAGGCCUUUACUGGUUCUUCAUACAUUCAGAGUCCGCUUGCCGCAUUGUCCUUAAACCCUUCGAAAACAUCGAUUAGAGCAGGCUCUGCAGAGUCUCGGGAAAGGCGACGACAUGAUCCUUUUUUGACAGCACAAUCACGUCGGCGCAAAGCCGCCAAUAUAUCUCGCCGGCAGGCCCUCGCUGAAGAACGCCUAAGUUCUUUGGGGGAUCCGGUGGAAAGCCGUCCAACUCCAUUCAUUCAAGAGCUCAAGGCAACUCAAUCUGGACCGCAAAUUCGCUCGGGAGCGGAUGCGAAGCUCAACCACUUCAUUAGCUCAGAACAACUCCAGAAGGCGCUGGAGCAUUCGAAGAACUUAACUUCGCCUCUUGAAAAUCCCGAUCGAGACACCGCGGAUCCUCAACUUGAGAAAGAACUGGCCGCAAAACAUCUCCAGGAACAUAAGAAUGCUGAGGAGGCUAUGAAUCGUAUUCUGAAUAUCAGCAAUGGGAACACUCAGGACAAGAUGCGCCUCCAUAUUCAGAAAUGCAUCGAAGCUUUUGGACGACACAAUACCGAUAAGGUUCUACCUCCGAAGCCAAAAGCUGCCUCACAGUCUGCCACCGAACUCCCAGAAAAGACUCCUCGCGUUGGCCCCGACACUGGCUCUCCGGAGGUGCAGGUUGCUAUUCUGACUGCGAAGAUCAUUAAUAUGACGAACCAUUUGAAAACGGCGAACAAAGACAAACACAACAAGCGUAAUCUACGGCUACUGGUUCACAAGAGACAGAAGCUGCUUAAAUAUGUGCGAAAGAAGGAGAGGGGUGGCCCAAGAUGGCAACAUUUGGUUGAGACCCUGGGACUGUCCGAUGCUUCUUGGAAGGGUGAGAUUAGCAUGUAA